AUGAAAGCCAUCAGUCCAAUGAGAUCUGUCAGAAGCUGCUACGAAGCUGUCCGCUGCAUUUCGGAUCAGAGUCUCUCCAUCACCCGGAAUAAGCCAUCUAUGGAGGAACCCGUGGGCGCGUUGUGCGAUAUGAAUGACUGCUACUCGAAACUCAAGGAGCUGGUACCGAGUAUCCCACAGAACAAGUCAGUCAGCCAAGUGGAAAUUCUGCAGCACGUUAUCGACUACAUCUUCGACCUGCAAAUCGCGCUAGAAGACGAGUCUUCAGCGACAACCACGCCUGACUUGGUGCUGUCACUAAAGGUGCAGAGAAACACAUGUCUCCACUUCACUCUGGGUUAG